GCCGGCGAGCCAAUGGAGGGGAGGGGAAGCGGCCGUUGGCCGGAAGCGGGGCUUCGGUGGUCGCGCUGAGGGGAGCCCGGCGGGCGGGUGAGGGCGGGCGGUGGUGUCUCCUCCACCGGUCUGUGGUCAGUCGCCGGUAGGGUCGUGGCGUAGCGCGGCUUCGGCUCUUCUCUUUUCAGCUGUGGCCGGGCGAAACCCGCUGCGGCGCUUGGGCCUUCCCAGAACUCAGGGAAGAACGGUAUUUUCGUCUGGCAAAAAUGGGUGAACCUCAGCAAGUGAGUGCUCUUCCUCCGCCUCCGAUGCAGUACAUAAAAGAAUACACUGAUGAAAACAUCCGUAAAGGCCUGGCUCCAAAGCCACCUCCACCAGUGAAAGACAGUUACAUGAUGUUUGGUAAUCAGUUCCAGUGUGAUGAUUUGAUUAUUCGACCCUUGGAGAGCCAGGGUAUCGAACGGUUGCAUCCAAUGCAGUUUGACCACAAGAAGGAAUUAAGAAAACUUAAUAUGUCCAUCCUGGUCAACUUUUUGGACCUCUUGGAUAUCUUGAUAAGGAGUCCGGGGAGUAUAAAGCGAGAGGAGAAACUGGAAGACUUGAAACUGCUUUUUGUUCAUGUCCAUCAUCUUAUAAAUGAAUAUCGCCCUCACCAAGCUAGGGAGACACUGAGAGUCAUGAUGGAGGUGCAGAAACGGCAGCGUUUGGAAACAGCAGAGCGAUUUCAGAAGCACUUGGAACGAGUUGUAGAGAUGAUUCAGAACUGCCUGGCUUCCUUGCCUGACGAUCUGCCUCAUUCAGAGGGAGGACUGAGAGUGAAAGUGGAACCAAUGGAUACUGGUGAUGGCAACAACUGUAUGGGACAGAGCGAAAAGCAGAGAGAGCGUUCUGGUAGCAAGAGAGAUCAGGUUUUAGACAAAGAUGCAGCUAUGUGUAGCAUUAUUGAUGAAAUGACAUGAAAAACCCCGCUUAGCUCAGUGUAGUGAGAGGCACAGUGGAUUCUGAAGGUACACAUUGUAUGUUGUUUUGCUGCUGUGCUAGCAGACAAAGCAUUUGUUGUACACCUGCUGGAGGCUGUGAGUGACUAGGCAGAUGAAAAUGUUUGUUUUGUGAGCUGUGUGGUUAUUGGUAGAAACAAAAUGUAUACUUUUUGUUAAAUACAUCAUGUGAGGUGGUAGCCACAGAUUAAAGUUAGCUUCUGUUGUACUUUCACUUGUCACUUUCUGCAUUUUUGGUUAUGCUGCUUUUUUUUUUAAAUUGCUUUAUAGUGUGGAAGCAAAUAAGGGAUCUUACUGAGAGGAAUUGCAGUUGACAGUUCCUCUGUUCCAGAUAAGUGCUACUUGUUUACAGUAUCAGUGGAUCUUUUCAAGAAUGUAUACUGCAGUAUUAAAAUUGGUGUAAAGUCUGCAAAAUCCAUUCCUUUCCUUUUGGUAAUAAUAUAACUACUAAAGAGAACCUAAGAAUUCCUUUAUUACUGCCCUGGUUUCAGCUGGAAGAGAGUUAAUUUUCUUCCUAAUAGCUGGUGCAGAGCUCUGCUUUGGCUUUAGUCUGAGAACAAUGCUGAUAAUACACUGAUGGCUUAGUUGUUGCUAAGUCCUGCUUACCUUGAUCAAGGAUUCUCAGUUUCCCAUUCUCUGCCAGUGAGGAUGGGCGCAGGAAGCCAAGAGAGCGCAGCCAGGACACCUGAGCUGAACUAUCCAAAGGGAUAUUCCAUACCAUAGAACAUAAUGCUCAGUAUAGAAACUGGGGGGAGCUGGCCGGGACCCACUGAUCUGUGGUUGGGAUUGGCUGGGCAUUGUUCAGUGGUUGGUGGGCAACUGUAUUGUGCAUCACUAUUGUUUGCUUUGUUGUGGGUUUUUGUCUUCUCUCUCUUUGCUAUUUCUCUUUUCAUCAUUAUUAGUAGUAUUAUACCUUAUUUUAAUUAUUAAAUGCUCUUAACCCAUAGGUUUUACUUUCUAAUUUUAUUUUCCUCUUCAUCCCACUGGAGGGGGUGAGGGUGGAGGGAAGUGAACAAGCUGGGACUUAGUUGCCAGCUGGGGUUAAACCAUGACAAUUACAGAUGUAACACGAUGUAAUUUGCUGUAUAGAGACACAUUUGUCAGGAAUCUCAACAAUGAAUUAAAAUUAAUCGGAUUUUAA